UUAUUUUUUAUUUUUAUUUUCUUUCUACUCUUUAAAUCGAUACAACUCGUUAUUAUAUAUUUGUCAACUUUCGACUUUAAUUUUUCAUGCGUUCAUUAUUUCCACCCAAUUCUAUAUGUUUUGUUGGAAGAUUUUAAACCUUGCUUAGUGUUUUGUGAAUUGAAUUCAACAAGAGGAUUGGAAUUUUAGGAAUUAGCGAAUUAGAGUUUUAGGAUUUUUGAAUUCAAUUGAUAUUUAUUUUGUGAUUUACUUUCCCAAUCAUGAAUUUAGAUUUUAGAUUUUAGAUUCCAAACGUGCUUAUUCACGGAUAAUUAGUUUUCCUUUUUAGAUGGGAAAAUGCGUUGUUAAAUAGAUUGGUACAAAAAUCUUGUCAAAUAGUGGCUAUAGCGGCGUUAUUGCUCUAUGGUGUACCAGAAUUUGAACAAACUGCUGUAUUUUGUGAUCUGCAAUUGACAACACUGAUGGAAACUCGGGGAAAAUUUGAGUGUUCAUUUGUUGUGUUAAGAUGAGGUUUGAUUUUCUCAUCCAUGGUUGAACAUUGAGGUGUAAUACACAAUUACACAUGAUGGAACUUAGAAGGAUUGUUUUGAAGAUUUUAUUUGGUGGGUUAGUGUGCACACACUAACAAGUAAAACGUGAACCUUUUUUAGAAUCCCCUGUUAUUUUAGAAGUGUUAGCAUUGAUACGGGUCUCUUAAUUUUAUUUUAUUUUCGAUCACUUAUGUAUAUUUUGCCAUUUUCUGUUUAUGAUGGUCUUACAUUGUACUGCAUUUUGCAUUGUUUCAAUGGACUUGCCAUUUAAUUCAAUCAAUUACUGCAUUUUUAUUUUCCUGGAAAACUUCUGGAUUUGAAUCAUAUGCAGUCACGUAUCAUGCGGUUGUGGAUCUCAUCCAUUUGAUGGAGAUCAGAUGGUUUGUAUUCCUAGUAAAGACGAUUUAGUGAAGUAAGAAUACAAGCCAUCUAAUCAUCAUCCCGCGGUCAAGAUCCCUCGACGUGUAAGGGUGGUUUUCCUACAAUUCAUUGAAGAAGAUGGAAGUUAGCAGGCCUCUCAAAUCCAAUAGUAGAUUAAAGCACCACCAUUUGACCCCUCUUAGGUUUUUAAGGGGCGUGAUAUGUUUGGUGGUGUUUCUUUCUACAGCUUUCAUGUGUUUAGUAUAUCUUUCGCCGCUUGCAGUUGUAGGAUUGCGGCUUUUCAGCGUUCGUUUUAGUAGGAAGGCGGUAUCAUUCUUCUUUGGACUUUGGUUAGCUAUGUGGCCCUUUCUAUUCGAAAAGAUUAACAAAACUAAAGUUGUCUUUUCCGGGGAUAGUAUUCCGAUGAGGGAACGCGUGUUACUUAUUGCCAAUCACAGAACUGAGGUUGAUUGGAUGUACUUGUGGGAUCUCGCUCUUCGAAAGGGAAGACUAGGGUGUAUAAAAUACAUCCUUAAGAGCAGCUUAAUGAAAUUACCUAUUUUUGGUUGGGGAUUUCACAUCCUGGAAUUCAUUGCAGUGGAGAGGAAGUGGGAGAUAGAUGAACAAAUAUUGCAACAAAAUCUUUCAACAUUUCAGGAUCCGGAUGAUCCUUUAUGGCUAUCUAUUUUUCCCGAAGGAACCGAUUAUACUGAACAGAAGUGUAAAAGUAGUCAAAAGUUUGCUGCUGAAGUUGGGCUUCCUGUGCUGACAAAUGUAUUGCUUCCAAAAACAAAGGGGUUUCACACUUGCUUGGAAGCUCUAAGAAGCUCAUUGGAUGCAGUAUACGACGUGACAAUUGCAUACAAGAAUCAAUGUCCUUCCUUUCUAGACAAUGUUUUUGGUCUCAAUCCUUCGGAAGUACACAUGCAUGUUCGGCGUAUUCCUGUAGAUGAGAUUCCAGUUUCUGAAACUAAAGCUGCUUCUUGGCUAAUGGAUAAAUUCCAAACCAAGGACCAAUUGCUCUCUGAUUUCAAGGUUCAAGGCCAUUUCCCUAACCAACUAAAUGAAGAGGAAAUCUCUACAUUCAAAUGCCUAAUCACUUUUACCUUGAUAAUUUCUUUUACUGCCAUGUUUGCUUAUUUUACCUUUUUUUCUCACAUUGGGUUCAAGUUGUAUGUAGGCAUAGCUUGUGCAUAUCUUUCUAUUGCGACGCGCUUCAAAAUUCAAUUGAUGCCUUUGACAAAUUAUGUCCAUGCAUUCUAUAACAGCAAGAAACAAAAGAAUGGAUAGAUAAUAGUGUUCUCAAUUUUAAAUGUACAAUUUUGGUCUUGAACUUGAUAUUGAAGUGUACAUUAUGUGUUUAAUUUGAUUCUUUUCAUGUGUUUAAUUUAAUUUGAUUCUUUAAAUGUACAAGGAAAUCAAAGGUACAAUUUUAUAACUGGUGUUUUGAUGGAAAUUGGUAUUUGAUAGAAUUAUUUCACAAAGCCAUAUUUUUAUCAGAGACUGGUGACAUAACAAAUGGGACCAAAUUGUAUGAA